AUGGUGUAUGGCGGACAACAAAAACAUGGCGACAACGGUGAUUUGGUCGACGAAACUCGAGAAAGACAGAGCGAAGAAAACGACAAUAUUGACGAAUCGAUGAGUACAGCAAGUAAACGUUUUCGAGUUCUAAAAGGCAGGGAAAAGGCAUUUAAAACGCGUUUAAAAAUACGACUUGAAGAGUUGUUACAAGCGACAAAAGAGGGAACUUUGACGGGCAAAACGACAAUAAGACGAGCCAUAACAAAAGCAAGAGCGGAACUUAACAUCCUGGAAAAAGUGACCUGUGCACUGAAAGAGAAUAUUGUACUUGGAGAAGGCGACCAAGAAACGGACAUUUUAAUCGAACAACUGGACAAGGAAUUGGACGACGUAUCUCGGGAAGUGGACGUGUUAACACCAACAGCGGAGCAACUUCUACAUACACGAAUCCAUAUUCUGGGUGAACCAGAGACGGAAAGGAGUCAGACAAGCGAAAAGGAUGAUUUAUCCAUUAUAUCAAGUUUGAAAGGGUCAUCGGCAGCGGCGAUAGAAAAACGGCAACAAGACGCAGAUGAAGGAGAAAAGAGACUCGAACAGUUUGAAGAAGAACAGCGUAAAUUGGAAAAUGACCUCAAGAAGUAUAUCGCUAACGUAGAACUGGGGAAACAGCGAACGGAGGACGCACGCCGUGUAGCUGCUUUAAACAGACAACGUGCAAAACAGGCGUGCGAAGAGAGUGGCGAAGAGAAGUUCACAAGAAAUGUACAAACGGAAGUGAACACAGAUCGUCAAACGGAAGUGGAACCCACACGUAUACAAGCAGUUAAAUUAAAAGGGGUUGAGCUGCCUACCUUUUCCGGGGACGAUAAAGCAGAAUAUGAAUCAUGGAAGGCAGCAUAUAUGUCGGUUGUAGACGGUGCAAAUAUCGCUGUUAAAGAAAAGAUGCUACGAUUACAGAGCUGUUUAACUGGAAAAGCCCUCAAAAUUGCGAAAGACUUGGGAUACUCUGAGAAUGCAUACAAGCGAGCUCUUGAGAAAUUAGACAAGAAAUUUGGUGGAGAACGAAGACUAGCUAUCACUUUACUAACGCGCCUCCGUGGGUGGCCGAAAUUACGACGUCGAAACCUUGAAGACAUGGAGGACUUUUUAACAGUCUUAGACAAAAUUCUCGUAGCAAUACAAGAUAAUGUAGACCUAAACAGUCAACAUCUGAACUUAACAGCGAAAGAAAAGUUAUCAGAAGAGGACCUCCAGUCGUAUAAGUAUUGGCUGUGCGAACAUAGCAAAGAAGAUUGUUUUCAAACCCUGGUUGAGUGGAUCGAGAUGAAGGUUCGAAUAUUAGAUGAAGUAAAGGAAGAAGUGAGCAGCGACGUGAAAUGUGGGACGAGAACAGACAACAGAAAGAACAAUCGUGGACUUAAUACUGAUAAAAAACCUAGAAAAUGUAUUGUUGAGGCAUGUCAAGCAGACCAUCCACCAUGGGUUUGUCAGCUGUUCAAAGGCUUACCUGUGGCCAACCGAAAGGAACUGAUAGCGAAGAGUGGACGGUGUUUCUGUUGCCUGGCAUCAGGACAUUUAAGCAAAAGCUGCCCCAGAAAGAUACCCUGUGGAAUCAACGGCUGUAAGAGUGUAAUGCAUAGUAGAUAUUUGCAUGAUCCCAGUGUACCAUCGACAGAUGGCAACCAUGACUCUGGUGACGAGACUCAAGAUCAAGCGAAAAACAAAACGUUCAACACCAACCGAGUUGAGAAAGUGUCAUUGAUGGUACUACUUGGCUUCGUUUCCAAGACCGACACGCGAAAGAAGCUUAAAGUGAACAUUAUGCUAGACCCAUGUUUGACAGGUUCCUACAUAUCCGAAAGUGCAGCAGAGGAACUGAAUCUACAGGGAAAUACCCAACACUUAACCAUAUCAGGAACCGGGGGUGCUGAAGUGCAGAAAGUCUCUCGAAGAGUCCAACUGAUCGUCUCCAAUGUCAAAGGAGGUUUUUCCGCAGAAAUUGAAGCAAACGUAUUGGACAGCAUUACCGGUACGACGCCAGCCAUACAGUGGUCCGAACUGAAAGACAAGUGGCCCCACUUGAAGCAGAUUCCGUUCGAGAAAGUGUCAGAUCGAUGUCAGAUCGACCUGUUGAUUGGGAGCGACCAUCCCUUAUUCCACCACGUCACACAGGAAAAAUGUGGACCAGAAAUCAAUGACCCAAUCGCUCGAAAGACGAACCUUGGAUGGGUAUGCUUUGGCCCGACUUCCACCGAAAACGUCCGCAAUUAUUCUCGGAUCCAUGUCACCCGCACCUACCAAAGUGACCAGUAUGAGACUAAGGGCAACGAUACAACGAACAAGCUGUUACGAAAGUUCUGGGAACUAGAUUCGAUGGGAAUUCGAGACGAAGACAGUAAACCCCUAACCCCAGACGAAGCGCGAGCGACCAAAUCAGCGGAGGAGACACUACAUCACUUGCAAGACAACCGAUAUGAGAUUGGGAUACCUUGGAGAGUUAACGAGCCCAGAUUUACGAAUAAUUACGAACAAGCCCUUUCGAGACUGGUAAGUCUGGAAAGAUCUUUGCGUAAGAAAGGUGCAGAGGUGAGCUCGUCCUACCAGGAAAUCAUCGAAGAGUAUGUGAAGAAGAAUUACGUCAGGAAAGUUUCGCCAUCAACCGAAGAGCAAUGGUUUAUCCCACAUUUUCCGGUAAUUCGGAACGACAAAGCUACCACGAAAGUUCGAAUCGUAUUUGACGCGGCAGCGAAAUACGACGGAAAAUGCCUGAACGACGCAGUCUUAUCGGGUCCUAAGCUGCAACAAGAUCUUGUUGAUGUCCUUUGUCGCUUCCGUCGUGCUCCCGUAGCGCUUUCAGCCAAUAUUUCACAGAUGUUUCUUCAGGUCGGCCUCCGCCAGCAAGACCGUGCAUAUCACAGAUUUCUUUGGAGAGACUUGGACGACGAGAAAGAUCCUGAGGUUUACGAAUUUCAACGACUCCCAUUUGGAAACGCAUCCUCUCCAUUUUGUGCGCAAUAUGUUUUAAAAACGCAUGCCAAAGCUGUAAGUGAAAAAAAACCGAGUGCUUCAGAGACUAUUGAAAAUGCAAUGUACGUCGAUGAUGUUCUGGACUCGUGUGAAACAGUCUCGGAAGCAUGUUUCUUGCGACGUGACCUUUCUGAUGUUCUAUCCGAUGCAGGAUUCAAAUCAAGAAAAUGGCUUUCCAACGAACCGUCCGUUCUUGCCGAGGUUUCAGUAGAAGACCGUGCUCAAGGCGUGGAGAUCAGAGAUGGCGAAAAUCUACCGACACAGAAGACAUUAGGAGUAUCAUGGAAUGCGAAACGGACACGUUUAUCUUUCAAGUCAACCUACCGACAAAUUCCUCUCCGACAAAAAGAAAUGUUUUAA